AUGACGGCAUCCGCGCUGACCAAGUGGCCAACGUGCCUGGCAUGCUUGCGCCGUCUUGCGCAACCUUUUGGUGCCACUACUGCCGCCAGUCACGGCGAGCCCCGCGCUCGUGCUGUACCGGUGGCCCGGCCCAUUGUCCACAUCCAGACCCGUGCCGCGUCAAACCGGUUGCGCCUCCAAGACCAGGGCGUGGUUGUCCGCCUGCUUGAAGACAUUCCCAAGUUCGGUCGCAAACGUAAGGACGAAAUUCCCUUGCUGGGACUGUGCAAGCUAACUGGGACCUCGUCAUUGCCAACCAGAUGCUAUCUUCCGCACCGAGCGCGGCCGUAUGCGCAACGAGUGGUUCCCAAGAACAAGGCAGAGUACAUGACGCCUGCUCGCUUCCAAGAGCUCGGCCUCACACGCGAUGCCAUCGGCGAAGUUGACCGCACCUUUGUCAUUAUGAGCGCCCUCGAAGCCGCUACCAGAAAGGCGCCCGAGGAGCUAAGGAUGGGAGAGGAACCGGUCCCGGAAAUCCAGACCCCCCAGGUCAAGGUCCAGGACGUUACUCCCGAAACUGCUCACGCCCUGCUAUCCGAGCUCAUCCCUGACACCCUUACCUUCCACCGCGAACCCGUGCCGAUUCCAGUUCCUCAGCCGAAGCUCGCCGAGGAACCCAAGAUUUCGCCUCUAAUUGCCAGGAGUGCGCCGACCCCCACGCCCCAGACCCCUUCCUCAACAAAGGCUGAGGGGGCCAUCUUUGGCUCCGUCUCGAGCACCGAUAUUCUCAACCAGAUCAAGGCUCUGAUUUCUGGCCAUGAGGAUGCCAGCCGCAUUGUUCUUAGACCAUCAAGCGUCAAGAUAGUGGGCUUGGCUGAUGGCAAUGAUCGCAUUACACAUCUUGGCCGGUGGGACAUUGAGAUCGCGGUUGCUACGGGUCUGACUGUUCGCAAAUCGGUCCAGAUCGUGCCCAGCGCCCAGUGA